GUCUAAAUUGACAUUGUGCAGACAAAGAUGGCGGUGCGGAAGAAAGACGGCGGCCCGAAUGUAAAAUAUUUCGAAGCGUCUGAUACCGUCUCGCAAUUCGACAAUGUCCGCGUUUGGUUGGGCAAGAACUAUAAAAAGUACAUCCAGGCAGAGCCCCCCACGAACAAGUCUCUGUCCAGCCUGGUGGUGCAGCUACUGCAGUUUCAGGAGGAGGUGUUCGGACGGCACGUCAGCAACCCACCUCUCACCAAGCUGCCGAUGAAGAGUUUCCUGGACUUCAAGUCUGGUGGGGCUCUGUGCCACAUUCUGGCUGCAGCCUACAAGUUCAAGAGCGACCAGGGCUGGCGCAGGUUUGACUUCCAGAAUCCUUCUCGAAUGGACCGCAAUGUGGAGAUGUUCAUGACAAUCGAGAAAUCCCUGGUACAGAACAACUGUCUAAGUCGACCAGUAAUCUACUUGAGCUCUGACAUUGAGGCCAAGUUAUUGGGGAAAUUGAAGGAUAUCAUCAAGAGACAUCAGGGCUCAGUGACUGAAGACAAGACUGCCAGCUCCCAUGUGGUGGUUCCUAUCCCUACCAGUCUGGAGGAAGAGGAGUGGGUGCGCCCGGUGAUGAAGAGAGACAAGCAGGUGCUGCUUCACUGGGGCUACUCUCCUGACAGCUAUGACACCUGGAUCUCAGCCAGUGAGGUGGAGGCUGCUGUAGAAGACCCCCCGAGCACAGAGAAACCCAGGAAGGUCCAUGCUAAGUGGAUCCUAGACCUCGACCAGUUCAAUGAGUGGAUGAAUGAGGAGGACUAUGAGGUUGGGGAGGGGGGCCCCAAGAGGAAGAGGAUCUCAGCCAAGACCCUGACGGAUGAGGUGACCACCCCGGGGGACGAACGCCGAGAUAAAAAGCCUGGCAGCGCCAAGAAGAGGAAGCGCUCCCCCUCCCCCUCGCCCACGCCACCACCCCAGGAGAGCAAGAAGAAAAACACCAAGAAAGGGCCCACCACCCCGUACACUAAGUCUAAGCGAGGCCAGAGAGAGGAGGAGCAGGAGGAUCUGACAAAAGAUCUGGAUGAACCAUCGCCGGUACCUGCAGUGGAAGAGGUCACCCUACCUAGAACAGCUAACACUAAGAAAGACUCUGAGUCAACACCAGUGAAGGGAGGUACUAUGACAGACCUGGAUGAACAGGAGGAUGAAUCCAUGGAAACUGUAGGAAAGGAGGAGGAGGAGGGCUCUCCAAGUGUGAAGGGAGAGCCUGUGAAAGGGUCGGACCUCCAUGAGGACAACGUUACGGAGCAGACCCACCACAUAAUCAUCCCCAGCUAUGCUGCCUGGUUUGACUACAACAGUGUUCAUGCUAUUGAGCGCAGAGCCCUCCCUGAAUUCUUCAACGGCAAGAACAAAUCCAAAACCCCUGAGAUUUACCUGGCCUACAGGAACUUCAUGAUUGACACUUACAGGCUGAACCCCCAGGAGUAUCUGACCUCCACUGCCUGUCGUAGGAACCUGGCCGGAGAUGUGUGUGCCAUCAUGAGGGUGCAUGCGUUCCUGGAGCAGUGGGGUCUGAUCAACUAUCAGGUGGACUCAGAAAGCCGUCCCACCCCCAUGGGCCCUCCGCCCACCUCCCAUUUUCACGUCCUGGCUGACACCCCUUCCAGCCUUGUCCCCCUGCAGCCCAAGGCCUCCCAGACUCCAGCCGCCCAGCAGAUGCUGUCCUUCCCAGACAAGGUGAAGGAAAAGCAGCCCCCAGCCGAUCUGCAGAACUUUGGCCUGAGGACAGACAUGUACAGCAAGAAGACUGGGACUCCUAAAAGUAAGAGUGCUGCCAGCGCAAUGCGAGACUGGACUGAACAGGAGACACUACUGCUGCUGGAGGGUCUGGAGAUGUACAAAGAUGACUGGAACAAGGUAUCGGAGCAUGUGGGCUCACGCACCCAGGAUGAGUGUAUCCUGCACUUCCUACGCCUACCCAUCGAGGACCCCUACCUGGAGGACACAUCCUCCUCCCUGGGCCCACUGGCCUACCAGCCAGUACCAUUCAGCCAGGCGGGCAACCCCGUCAUGAGCACUGUGGCCUUCCUGGCCUCUGUGGUGGACCCCCGCGUGGCAUCAGCAGCCGCCAAGUCUGCUUUAGAGGAGUUUUCCCGUAUGAAGGAGGAGGUCCCAGCAGCACUGGUGGAGGCCCAUGUGAGGAGAGUUGAGGAGGCAGCGCGGGCCAGUGGUAGACAGGACCCCCUGUACGGCCUGGAGGGCAGCGGUAUCGCAGGCACCAGUCUGGAGGAUGGAGAAAAACCUGAAGAGAGCAAUGAGGAGACUAAGGGUGACAGCCAAUCCAGUGAGGAGAAGAGGGAGACCAAGGAGAACAAAGAUGGAGCAAUGGAAGAUGAAGAGAAACAAGGAGAAAAUGGGAAGAAAGAAGAGGAAAGAGGGAGAGAGGGAGAAGGAGAGCGAGAGGCUGAGAAGACAGACUCAGAGAUGGGUGAUGGACAGAGAGAGAAGGAUGCGAAGGAAGGCGCCGAAGAGGGCCAGAGAGAAGGAGAGAACGAAGGGGACAGAAAGGCAAAAGUGGAGAGGGAUGUGGGAGAGGGGAACCUGGCCACCGCUGCUGCUUCCGCUCUGGCUGCUGCUGCCGUUAAAGCCAAGCACCUGGCUGCGGUGGAGGAGAGGAAGAUCAAGUCCCUGGUGGCUCUGCUGGUGGAGACUCAGAUGAAGAAACUGGAGAUCAAACUGAGACACUUUGAAGAACUGGAGACCAUCAUGGACCGAGAGAGGGAGGCUCUGGAGUACCAGAGGCAGCAGCUGCUGGCAGAUCGUCAGUCAUUCCACAUGGAGCAGCUGAAGUAUGCAGAGAUGAGGGCACGUCAGCAGCACUUCCAGCAGAUCCAGCACCAACAGCACAGCCAGACUGGAGGCCCCCACCCCUCUCCUGCCCCCACAGGCACCUCCCACCCCCCCCAGGGCCCUUCAGCCACCCAGUCCCAGCCAGCCCCCAGUAACCCUGCACCGCAGCCUGCUGCCAGCCCCGCCCCCACUGCCUCCAUCCCCAUGACCGGCCCCUCUGCCCAGGCCCAACCCACCGAGCCCCAGCUGGUCCCCGGGGGUCCUCACACCUCACCUCCUGGCCCUCCAGGCCACUCCAACACCACCACCCCAACACUCCAAGAGCCCAGCGCCCCUCUACCUGGGGACACACUCCACUCCUCAGCUGCCAUUCACCCAUAGUGAAGAGGACAGGAGAUAGGAGAGAAACAGAAAGGGUACUGGAAAACUGAAUGACAUUGACCACUUUGUACCUAUGAAUCCUGCCUGUGUCAUCUAAAACUGAAGAAGUCAAACUGGAGAUGCAACAAACUUCAACAUCUGGACUUGACAAUUGACAUGAGAAAAACUAAACAAAAUAAUUUCAUGUAAGUUGAAUGUACCCUACCUGAAUGAAUAUAAGUUGGAAAAAUAAUCCCUCAAAAUGACUCCCAACUAAACAAGAAAAUGCCAAUGAAAGAACUUUUAAAAAGUUUUAAUGGAAUAGUCCCCACUUCAUUUCAUAGACAUUAUUUGAGUAAUUACUUUCACAUCAGAACACAAAUUUAAACCAACACAGUAUAGUCAUGUAUAUAUGGCAACUGACCUGAGGAUGUGAAGAGAUCUAAAGUUUGUUAGUCUUAUCCGUCCUUCGGCCAGUGGUGCUUUUAUUGCCUCUAUUAUGUAUGGAGGUUAGGUGUUUCCCCAUGUUCCCAUGUUACCUACCCAUGUAUUCUCCCAAAGUACCUCCAGGGGUGCGUUCAGUUCAUUUGAACAUUUGUUAUAUCCAGGAACAAUUUGUACUGAACUAAAUGUUUCCACAAAACUGUUGAAUAGACUUUGAGGGACAUUUACAUUGAGGUGUGGCUUGAGUUUUGAGUGACAUAACUAAAGAGACCUUGCUGACUGCGUUUCCUGAACCACAACCCAACAUCUGCGCUUUUCAACCUGUUGUUCAGAACAGCACGGUUCACUGAACGCAGCUGGGAUAGGUACUUUAGAGAAGAGGGAAUAAAAGAUUUGCACUUUCCUGGCGGCCAUAUCUGGAGACAAGAAACAUUAACUAAAAAGACCUGAAGCACUUAAUGAUUCUCUUGUUGUUUUUACUUUUAAGAUUGUCAUAGUUUCCAAAUAUCAGAUUUUCAAUUGAACAAGUCACUUGUUUAAUUGGAUUGGUUGAUUAUUGCCCUUUAUGUGUGAAUGUGACAUUAUGAAACAUUUGGCUUGGCCUUUUUUUAUUACAUGUAUCCUGAACUAAAAGUAUGUGUGGGGGCAAUGAAAAUAGAUGUACAAAUGGUAAUCUGCUAAUGGUGAUCAUUGCAUUCCUCUAGAAAACCAUCUCAUUCAGUAAGUCUAUGUACUGUAACUUGACUUUCUGUUACAAAUGUUUUACUCCAAUUUGAAUGUACCAAAUUCCUCUCUGACUGAGCCUGACAUGAUAGAAAUGUGUAGGUAAUUUCCAAAUAAGCGGACAUAUGCAGCUUUUAUAGUGAAUGUAGUUUCAUCUCCGCUAACACUUGAAGAUUGAUGUAACACUGAUCCUUUGCGAUACAAUUGAAUAGUCAAUUGAUAUAAUAAAAAAGAAUCACAGUCACAAGGAAUAUGUUGCAAUUACCUAAAGUCCCAACUUUAAGAAAUAAGAUGAUUUGUAUUCAUAUGUUUUUAAUAUUGAGUCAUAUAUUUUGGUCUGCACUUCCAGUAAGGCUUGCCACUAUCAGUGAAUCAUACCAUUGUAAAGGUAUACGCCAGAAUAACCUUAUUGACAGUUUAGAAGGUUAGACAUCACAAUUUUUUGUUCAUUUUUUCCUCCGUAAGUUAGUGGGGUAAAGCCAGAGUUGUGGAUGUUUCAGAAAUUUGUAGAAUUGUUUUCUCCAGUUUUCCCGGCCGAAGCGUCCACUGGCAUGAAGCUGUCAUGGAAGGGGCUUUAAUGUUAAACGAAAAGUAUGUCAAGGGAUUUCAAGUCAGCAGAGAGAAUUCUGUCCUUUAAUAUCUGUAACAAUAUCUAUGUAUCCUAUCUAUUUUUAUAUUUCUUGACUGUCUGAUUUUCCAUGUUGUUUCUUUGAUAUUACUGUUUGCAUUUUAUUGCUGUAUUUUAUCAUCUUUGUAAUCUCUCUAAUCCAUUGUCGUGUGUGAUCCUAUGACAGGUUACCAUUACCUGGCCAUCGGUGUGACUGAGAAUCAGGGGUGAAUGCAUGCCAUGAACUUGUGAAUACAUGCCAUUUAUUGAGUUUCCCCAGAGAGCCUUCAGUUCAGUACCAUCUGCUCACUGGUACAUACAUCAAACUGUCACUUAGCAGCACAUUACCCUACCAUACUCCAGGAUUGUGGCAUACAGAUGAAACAUGCAGGUAGUCAGGGUUAGAAACAUCACUACGGUUAUGGAGAUGGAUGACUGCUCUGGUCUGUGUUAUUACCUUGUGUGGAUUUCGUGAUAUGAAAUACGUGUCUGUUCAGUUUCUUGUUUUUUCAUUAUUGCUACAGUAGCAAUGAUUAUACAGUAGAAAUUAACCUUUCCUCAGUCAAACAUUGCCUAGUGUCAACAGUUGAUCUGGAGUUCGUAUUGAAUAAUGAAAAAAAGAUGCUAAGGUUUUACUUACAAAAAAUGUUGAAAAUCAAAUAAAUGAACAUAAAAUGA